AUGACCCACUUCAUUCUCACUUUCCAUAUAGCUGCAAACCUUCAUAUUCGAAGAGAAACUGACAGAUUUUUGAAAACCAUCAUUUGCAUGGUCACAAAAACUGCAUGGGGUGUGUUGCAGAAUGGGAAGCUCACUCUGCCAUACAAUGAGCCUUUGGGGUACCUCUGUAUCCAGCCAGCAGCAUUGAUGUUUGCAGAAAUGAUAAAACAGAAACAACUGUUUCCAUGGACCAUGAUUUUUUGCCUCCAGCUGAUACAUGUUCAUGGCGGGCUUGAACCCUUCUAUCCUCAAGCAGCACAGGAAAUUAUGGAAAAGAUUUACACGGCAAACACUGUGAAUGUAAAGGAGGAAAAUUGGCAGGAACAUUGCUGCUUCUAUGCCAAUAAAUCUGGCAUAGUCAGAGACAAGAUUAAGAAGCUUCAAGAUGACCUGGAAAAGAGAAGAAAGGAGCUGUUCGACAAUCCACUGUGGAGUGGAUUAAACGGGAUGUUGCCCUACCUCCUCCCACUUUUAGGACCUCUAGUUAGCUUAUUAAUUAUGCUAUCACUAAGACCUUGUCUCUUUAAUAAAAUUAUGACCUUUUUGAAGCAACAAGUAGAUACCAUUAAAAUGCAGCCUAUUCAGGUCCAUUAUCACAAACUGGACAUGGCCGAAGGAGAGAUUUAGAGAGAUACAACUUUAUUGAGGUCAUGCUGAUAAUGCAUGCAUUAAUUUCUCUUGUUUUGAGGCAUUAGACUGGUUAGUCAACGAAAGGUAAGAGAGCCAAAAAUUUCCAUACGCACCCCUCCAACCUGGACUUUCCUAUGACGGGUAACGAGGGUUUGGAAUGCUGGGCUCCAAGCUAAGACAGGAACAGUCUCCCAAAACCUCUCUCUUUUAAAAAUCACCUCACAGAAUUUUGUCCUUUUGAAAAAAUUAAAAAAAGUGGACCUGUGGGAAGCUGCUUCUGGCAUGGCUAUUUUGGCUUGACUCUAACUCAGCCGUUUUAGAGGUCAUUGGUAUUUUCUUUACUAACCAACCGUAUAGUUUCUAGUUCUCUGCCAGCUAGGACUUUCCUGUAUACUAGAUGACAGGCUGUUGCCGUGCGAAACUUUAGGAGUUUGGUACUUGGAAUUCUGCUUCCUGGCCUUGGUAGAUUUGGGUCUGGGAUUGUCCUUGGCGGUCCUUGGGAGAGGGGUGUUCUGUUCCUGGGAGCUGGUUCAGUGCAACCUUGAGUGAAUCCUCGGAUACCUUGCCAAUUGACGCAAAUACUGAUAUUGUGAGAAGAUUUACUUGUGAUUGUCUUCUAUAUAAGUGUAUGCUUUGCCUUCAUUAAAUGAGACUUUAUCAGAAACCUGUCUUGUUUCCAUUUUUCCCGUCUCUUGUCCCACUCCAUUCUCACCCCCUCUUUUAGGGUCUCAUUCGACUGACCUGCAGGACAGGUCACAGAAUCCUUAUUGUUAUAUUACCUGAUUCCCUCCUACUUCUGCACUUCCCUCCAUUGCUCCUCUGUACAGCUCCACUUUCCUUUUCU